AUGGACACCGGGGUGCCUGCCUUUCCCAUGAGCCCGGUGAUGGCGGAGAUGUUCCGGCAGCUAGGCUUUGACCCGGAUCAGGUGGAGGGCUUCCUCGCCCACUUCCUCUCCUACACCCACUGCGCCCUCCCGGAGCCGCCCGUGACGGCCGACGCUCGCCUCUUCGCCCUCCUCCCCGACAACUCCGUCGACCACUUCAGCCGCCCCCCCGACGCGCUCCUCGGCAAUGUCGUCUCCCGCCUCCCCGUCAAGGACGCCGCGCGCACCGCCGCGCUCUCCCGGCGCUGGCGCGGGGUCUGGCGCUCCGCCCCGCUCGUCCUCGUCGACGCCCACGUCCACCCCGCGGGCACCGCGUACGCGCAGCGCGUCGCCUGCGCCGUCUCCCGCGUCCUCGCCGCGCACCCGGGCCCCUUCCGCUGCGUCCACCUCACCGAGUCCCCCCUGCUCACGGCCUGGCUCCAGAUCGUCGCCGGCAAGGGCAUCCAGGAGCUCACCCUCGUCAACCGCCCGUGGCCGCUCGAGAUCUUUCUCCCGUCCACCUUCUUCUUAGGCAUGGAAACCCUCACCCGACUCUACCUCGGCCACUGGAUCUUCCCCGUCACGGCCGACCUCCCGCGCGCCCCCUGCUUCCCCAACCUCCAUGAGCUCGGGCUCUGCGACGUCGUCAUGAAGACCGGGGAUUUGGACUUCAUCCUCGACAGGAGCCCCGUGCUGGAGACGCUAUCUCUCGAAGGGGGGAGGCUCGAGCAUUGCCUCCGCCUUGUCAGCCAAAGCCUCCGGCGCGUGCAGAUCAUCGGGUGCUCGGUUCAAGAAAUCUUCGUGGUGGACGCGCCGUGCCUUGAGCGGCUCAUCCAGUCGGGAGGCUGGUGCCCUGAAGACACUGACGGCAACUGCACCAGGCUAAAGAUUGGCCAUGCCCCCAUGCUGCACAUGUUGGGAUACUUGGAGUUGGAUUCAGGGCACGUCCUAGAGGUCGGCAAGACCAUCAUCAAGGCUGGGACAAGGGUGAGCCAGAGCACCAUGGUACCAAGCGUGGGGAUCCUGGCUUUGGAGGUGCGUUUCGGAGUCCGCAACGAUGCCAAGAUGGUUCCCAGUGUCCUCAGGUGCUUUCCGAAUGUCGAGACGCUCCACAUCAAGUCUGCGAAAACUGAUCGAUCCACUGGCAAGCUGAACCUGAAGUUCUGGCACGAGUGUGGUGACAUAGAGUGCAUCCGGUCGCGCAUCAAGCUGCUGGUUUUCCAUGAUUUCCGAGGGGGCCGAGGCGAGCUCGCCUUCCUCAAAUACUUCUUUGAGACCGCAUUGGUGCUGAAGAAGGUGGUGAUUCUGUUCGCCGUUGGCUUCGCUUCGACGGAGGAGGCGCGGUCCAAACUGUCGAGCUUGGGGUCGGUGAAACGGGCCAGCGAAACCUCUACAGUGCUGGUCACCGUACCUUCUGAUCCUAAAGAAGGUUCCAUUCGGAGCUUCAAAAUAGGAUCUCGGUUUUCUGCUGACGACCCUUUUGCAAACUACAGUACUAAAGUCACAGCAAGCGAACUGCAGUACCUACGUAGGAGUAUAUUUCAUCCUGCAAAGUAA